CCACGACAAUCUAAUGAAAUUAUCUGUUCCAUUGCCACUUGCGUUUGUUGUUGCGAAAACCGUACGGAAUUCCGCAUUCGGUGGGCUAGUGGUCUUUUGGAAAUAUAGAACCAUCUGCUCGUGGAGUGCAGCCUUGCGAUUCUUGGAUCGAAACCCUGGCGGAUGUUGUGAAAGUGGCCAUACAUUAGUUCAGAUGGUUCUAUGUAGUGCAAGUGCUAGAAGAGGAGGGUGUGAUAAGCAGGGAUAUGUAUUUCGAUUAAAAUGUUCCCCGGAACGAGCGAAAACAGGUGUGGGAAUCGAAAGUUGAAAUUGCAUCCAUCAGAAGAUUUGGUGAAGAUUGUCGCCAGCAGAAGGCCACAGUAGAAGAGAAAGGUAUUGCUCCAACAUAUGCCAAAUGUGCCGUAGGGCGUAACGUGGAACGAUAAACCUCCGUCGAUUGGUAAUUCGUCGAGCACCUCAUCGCAGUUGCUUCAAUUAACAGAGAACAGUAGUGAGUGAGAAACACAGAAAAAACCGGAACUGAAGAUAAGUGUAACAAAGAAAAACUAAACGAAUAACUUGCCUAGCUGUGCAACCCAUUUCGGGGGAGUUCGGCGCAGCCGGCUGGAGUUCAGUGUACUCUCCCUCCGGAAGAGACAGUAGUAAGCCAGCUACUAGUGUAGCUUGGUGUAGCUAGCUGUUGUCAGUAGCCGCCGCACUGCUUCCGGUGAAAGUGGCAGCAAGGCAGGCAGGAUCAUGGGCUACGACUUGACCCGCUUUCAGGGCGACGUCGACGAGGAACUCAUCUGUCCGAUAUGUUCCGGUGUUCUAGAAGAACCGUUGCAGGCGGUGGCAUGUGAGCAUGCAUUUUGUCGUGCCUGCAUCACCGAAUGGCUCUCGCGGCAACCGACCUGUCCCGUGGACCGAAAUCCCAUCACCAACAGCAAUCUUCGUGCCGUGCCAAGGAUUCUGCGGAAUCUGCUCUCCCGGUUGAACAUCAACUGUGAAAACGCCAUGUACGGAUGCACCCUGGUCCUGAAGCUGGACUCGCUGGCCACCCACAUCGAGGAGUGUGAGCACAAUCCAAAGCGCCCGCUGCCCUGCGAGAAGGGAUGCGGCUUCGUGAUCCCCAAGGACGAGUACAAGGACCACAACUGCUUUCGGGAGUUGCGAUCUCUGGUGCACAACCAGCAGCAAAAGAUGAGCGAACUGAAGAACGAAAUCAACGAUCAGAAUCUGGUGAUCAAUGAACUCAAACGGGAACUCAAUCUGGUGAAGGAUUUUAUGAGGGCGAUGCGCGUAUCAAAUCCCGCGAUGCGGGCCAUCGCCGAUCAGAUGGAGCGGGACGAAGUGACCAGAUGGUGCAAUGGACUGGCGAGGGCUCGAGUCACACGAUGGGGUGGGAUGAUCUCCACACCGGAUGAUGCGUUGCAGUUGAUGAUUAAACGAGCGCUAUCGGAAUCGGGCUGUCCGCCGCACAUACUAGACGAUUUGAUGGAGAAUUGUCACGAGAGGCGGUGGCCCCGGGGAUUAAGCUCGUUGGAAACCCGUCAGAACAACAGGAGAAUCUACGAGAACUACGUCUGCCGGCGAAUUCCCGGAAAACAAGCUGUGCUUGUGCUACACUGCGAUAAUAUGCACAUGUCAGAGGACGUUAUGGUGGAACCCGGACUGGUCAUGAUAUUUGCUCAUGGAAUAGAAUAGGAUACUGAUACGAUUCAACCACCCUCCAUUAACCCUAUGUUUCCAGCUCUCAGCAACUGAUGGAAAACGAAUAACGAAAAGUUUAGCAAGAAAAAAAAAUAAACAAAACACAGUGAUAACCAACUACCAAGAACUACUACUCCACCAGCAGCCCUGCUUUUCCAUGAGCGAGGGAACGUCUUAAAAUUUCAAAGGAAACCUGUAGCCACCGUCUUGACAAGCAGCUUUCGACGGCCAGAUUGGUGCCAUUUUGAUAAAUGCACAAUAUUUUAAACUAGAUUACAGACAAAACAAAACAAAAAAUGCACAAUUAUGAAAAUAGGCAGAUGCUCCAAGAAGUGUCAAAAUUAUCUUGCCAAUUAAAUCGCAUUUAUACAAUUAAAUGUCGUAGACACACAAGUUUCACUGUUGAUUUUGUUAAAUUCUUCCUCUCCCCUCUUCGUGUACCCCUCCUCGGUCUGUCCCUAGUAACAACAUCUCCUUAGUAUGAACCCAACCAGUCAAAACCUCACUUCGAAUCAUAUCAGUGGUGAAGCCGGAAAUCAUCCACUAGCUACAUAUGUAUGGUAGUGACUACGAGCAGUCGAAUUGAAUAUGAUCUCUGGAUUUGGAAUCCCAACCUCCUGCGCGCUAGGAAUGAGACAGAAACAAAAUAGUUAAAAAACAAAAUUCUACAGCAGUGUUUUGGAGCUAUUGGAUAAUGCAAUCUUGUACUUGAUGGGAAAAUGAUAAAGUCCCUCUUUGAUAAAAAGAAUAUGUGUGAAUAAUUUACAAAAAAAAACUGUGAAUCGCAGCCAUUUUGCCAGACAAAAUCGUGUUUUUGAAUUCAUAGUGACGUUUCGUCUUUCCCAAGUGAUGGUGAUGUAAGCUAUGAUUUUUUUUUCACUUUCAUCGAUACUUAUUGUUUAGGUUAGUUGAAAACUAGUAUAGUUAAAGAAUAACUUUAAAAGCGAAAGUUUUCUUCUGGCAUAUGAUUUAACAAAAUUACCUAAUUAUGUACUAAAUGAAACAAACUGUAGCGAACAGAAAGAAUGCAUUCAUUUAGCUAAGAUUAGUUCUUAUGUUGAUUAUAGUUGUAUGGAGAAAUAAAAUAUCU